AUGUCGAAGCGAGUAACAAACAAUCGCGCUGAUUAUUCUGAUCCUACUGAUGGAAGUGAUUUUGAUAAAGUGAAGAAAAAAUCUAUAAUGGUUGGUAGUGAUUAUCAAGCAAAAAUUCCUGAUGGAUUGUCCAAGUAUGGAGAUUAUCCACCAUACCUAAAUGUUGACAAACUUCUCUGGGACCCUCAUAAUACAUCCAAUGCAGUUAUUGCUGACUAUCAUCACCGUAUUCGUCAAAUUUCUCACGGUGCAAAUAUGUUACCCAAAAGUAAGCAUGUACGAGAUGAUGAAAACGCUUUAUUUUUACUUUUGCAAUGCGGAUCUAAUAUUGAAGAAGCAGUACGUCGAUUAUCAUUAAAUGAUCAAAUGUUUGGUCGAAGAGCCAAGAUGUGGUCAGAAGAAGAAUGCAAAAACUUUGAAAAUGGUAUUCGUCGUUUUAACAAAAACUUCCGUCUGAUUCAACAGCGCAGAGUACCUACAAGAACAGUAGGUGAACUUGUUCAUUUUUAUUAUUUAUGGAAGAAAACAGAAAGGCAUGAUGUGUUUGCUAAUAAAAAACGACUGGUAAAGAAAAAAUAUGCUCUUCAACCAGGUAUUACAUUUUAUGAAGAUGGAGAAAACUCUGUACUUAAUCAAAAGACCAAUCAAGUUGGGAAUUGUUUAAUUUACUCUGAUCCAAAACGUUUAAAACAGAUGGCCACAUCAGGUAUACAUGUCACUCGUGUGGAUAACUAA